GGGCCGACGUCCGGGAUAAUCCCACCGUCAAAGACGUCGUCCCAUCUCUCCAACGUCACUCCUGCACCCCAUCCACCUCCAGCCAUGUUCCCUCAGCGCAACGCCCUUCGUCUGUCUCAGCGCGCUGCCCAGCAGCUGCGUGCUGCUCCGGUUCGCUCCACCGUCCAGCGCCGUCUCAACAGCUCCGACUCCAAGCUUCCCUCUUGGGCCGUCGACAACGAAUUCAACCGCGAGAGAGAGGCCGUCAAGCACCACGCUGCUGCUACCAGUGAUCUGUGGCGCAAGCUCUCCAUCUACGCCGUCAUUCCUGUCCUGAUUGCCGGAGGUAUCAACGCCUACAACCUUUGGACUGAGCACUGGGAACACUGGGCGCACAUGCCCCCGCUCGAGGAGCGUACCGAGUACCCCUACCAGAACAUCCGUGUGAAGAACUUCCCCUGGGGAGACGGUGACAAGACCAUCUUCUGGAACUCCGACGUCAACUACCACAACAAGGACAAGGCUACCUAAGUGCCCGCCGUUGAUUAUGGGAGUACAGCGUCUUUGAUUGAUCUUGACUGUUGACGGGAGGGGAAAUCAAAAGACAUGUAUAUUUACUGACAAAAUACGCGGAAGUAAGAAUAAUGAGGUCAAGGCUCUCGUUGGUGGAGUUGAGAUAGCGCGCCAUACAAUACUGCUAAGCCAUUUUUCUUUUGUU